AUUCUAGGUGCAGUCGCCUUCCUAUUGGCUGUUGAACACAAAGGCGUGAUACACCGUCCGCCAUCCGUAUUUAACCUUUAUUAUCUCUACAGCAUCUAUUACGAACAGAGUAACAUACCCCUUAUCCAAGAACAGCUCUUGGAGAUACCAAAACAUCGCCUCGAAGUGCUGAGCCCUUUCUAUAUCUUACGUCGGAUAGCAACCAUCGAUAGACUAAGCCCUCACAUUCACACGUUCGCACGAUACUUAGCUGCGAGUACUGUGCUCAACGAGAGAUUCAUCAGUAUGAAACCGAGUCAAGUCGCCGCUGCAUCCUACUUUCUUUCUUAG